AUGGGCAUGCCCAAGGAAACCCACAUGUCGAUUCAGAUCGGCUUCUCUGCCCAGACGAAGUGCUCGCAGACGCAGGACUUGAUCGACGCCAAGCUGGAGCGUCGCCGCAAGGGCGUCUACGGGCCGCCGAUGGGUCGCAUGUGCGUGGUGAUGGUAGACGACCUCAACAUGCCGGUGAAGGAGAAGUAUGGCGCCAUGCCACCCAUCGAGAUCCUGCGACAGAGCAUGGAUUCCACUGCCUAUGGGCCCACAGGCGGCUGGUUUGACCGCAAGGAUCCCACGCAUCCCUUCCGCAGCAUCAUUGACGUGGUUUACUUUGCGGCUAUGGGCCCACCCGGGGGUGGCCGGAACUUCAUCACGCCCAGGGUUCUGAGCCACAUGUACCUGGUCGGCUUCCCUCUAUUGGAUGAUGACAACAUGAUGCAGAUCUUCAACACAAUCCUCGAGUGGAAGUUCCGGACGGAUAACUAUCCAGCGGAUGUGGCCGGGCUCAGCCGGAAAAUCGUCCAAGCCACUUUGGAGAUCUACAAGAACACGUCCGAUCAGUUGCGGCCAACCCCCAUGAAGGUUCACUACACCUUCAACUUGCGGGAUUUCUCCAAGGUGAUUUGCGGCGUCCUGUUGCUCAAGAAGAACGAGUGCGAAGGCGAGCGAGUUGAGACACUUGCAGUGAGCAAAGGAUGGAACGUGUCACUGCGGGUGUUCACUGCGAGGCCGUGUUUGGGCAGAGGUCUGGCGGGGAAGAAGAGGCUCCAGCUACGGGAGCAGACAAAGAAGAACUUCCAGGUUUCCUUUGAUGACAUCAUGGCCCACUUGGACGCCAACAAGGAUGGCAAGGUCAACACACUGGACGAGGUGCGCACUCUGUUCUUCGGCGACAUGCUCUCACCCUCGGCAGUGCCUUCUCGGCCCUACACUGAGCGCGGCAGCCAAGUCCAGUCAGCCCCAAAGCGUUGCCGCUGGCGACCGCAUUGCGCCAUGGCGAGCUUCGUGGAGUCUGGGAGGAAGAUAGUGGCCGUGGGCAAGAACUACAGCAAGCACAUUGCUGAGAUGGCGAAAAUAGGCAGUGCGAAAGACGAGAAGAUCGCGGCUUCGGCUCCCAGCACGCCAGUGCUGUUUCUGAAGCCCACGACUUCCUACCUGCCCAUGGGUGCCGGGCCCAUUCUUUUGCCGAAUGCCAUUGGCCCAAUCCACCACGAGGUGGAGCUGGGCGUGGUGAUUGGCCAGCGGUGCAAGCGCGUGCCGGAGGAGAAGGCCAUGGACGUGGUUGUAGGCUACUGCAUCGCGCUGGACCUCACAGCGCGGGACCUGCAAACCGCGGCCAAAGACAAGGGCCUGCCCUGGUCCGUGCCCAAAGGAUACGACCACUUCACCCCUGUCGGCCAGUUCAUCGACAAAACCGCAAUCCCGGAUCCGCACAAUCUGGAGCUGUUCUGCGAAGUCAACGGCGUGCAGCGGCAGCGGGGGAGCACCGGUGAGAUGAUCUUCAAACUGCCGAAGUUGAUCGCGCACAUCAGCUCCAUCUUCACCCUGGAGCCUGGGGACCUGAUCCUCACUGGCACGCCUGAGGGGGUGGGCCCCAUCGAGGCUGGAGACAAAGUGCGUGCUGGCAUCACGGGCCUUGUGGAGUCGGAGAUCCAUUUCGAUGUAGCCAUGGACAGCGAGUAGAUAGGUGUCCUUUGGGCCAGUUUGGUUGAAC